ACCCCCAUUUUUCCCCUUCUUCUUCCUCGAUUGGCGCUCUCUCUCUUGUAAGAUCCGAAGAAUUUUGGUGUGGUUCCUCUGCUUCCGGAUUCUGCUUUGUUUGCUGGCUGGUUGUGUCGCAGUGUUAGGGUACUCCCUGAAGCGGUCGGAAGCCUGCAGUCAUGGGCAAUUUGUUGUGUUGUGUUCAAGUUGAUCAGUCGACCGUGGCCAUCAGAGAGCAGUUUGGGAAGUUCGAUAGUGUGCUAGAACCAGGAUGCCACUGCCUGCCUUGGAUGGUUGGGAAACGUGUAGCUGGCCAUCUCACUCUCAGGUUGCAGCAACUGGAUGUGCGCUGUGAGACUAAGACAAAGGACAAUGUGUUUGUUACUGUUGUUGCAUCAAUUCAGUAUCGACCUCUGGCUGGCAAAGAAAGUGAUGCAUUCUACAAGCUGUCCAACACAAAGUCCCAGAUCCAAGCCUAUGUAUUUGACGUGAUAAGGGCAAGUGUUCCAAAGCUCCUCCUUGAUGAUGCUUUUGAGCAAAAGAAUGACAUAGCAAAGGCUGUGGAGGACGAACUUGAGAAGGCUAUGUCAGCAUAUGGUUUUGAGAUCGUGCAGACACUCAUCGUCGACAUUGAGCCAGAUGCGCGUGUCAAGCAGGCAAUGAAUGAGAUCAAUGCAGCUGCAAGGAUGAGGGUGGCUGCAAACGAGAAGGCGGAGGCUGAGAAGAUCGUCCAGAUCAAGCGCGCCGAGGGUGAAGCGGAAGCCAAGUACCUGUCUGGCCUCGGCAUCGCCCGCCAGCGCCAGGCCAUCGUGGACGGUCUGAGGGACAGCGUCCUGGGAUUCUCCGUCAACGUGCCCGGCACCACCGCCAAGGACGUGAUGGACAUGGUUCUGAUCACACAGUACUUCGACACCAUGAAGGAGAUCGGCGCGUCCUCCAAGUCCUCGGCGGUGUUCAUCCCCCACGGCCCGGGUGCGGUGAGCGACAUCGCCACGCAGAUCCGUAACGGGCUUCUUCAGGGCCAGUCUGCUGCUCAGAAGUAGUUUGGCUUCGCCAGAAUGAACUUAUUAUGGCUGAUGGUGUUAGUUUGUGGUCUGCUAGCUACAUUAUCUAUGUCUCUGCUUUAUUAUGGCUUGUCUGGAACCAUGUGUGGGUUGUGGCAUAUAGUACUUUAGAUGAACUUAUGAAAGCAUAAUCAAUACUAUUUCACUAUUUGAGAUUGCUGACCAGGUUAUUGAUGUCAGGAAGAAAACGUUAUAUUAAUCGCUGGGGAUUCAGCUUGAUAUCUGCAUAUUA